AUGAGUCGGGAGGACUUGGAAAAAUGUUUGGUGGAGGACAAGAGCGGGGUCACUCUCACUCCUCUGCAGUACGACAAGGACGACGAUGUGCAUGCCCAGUUUUUGACGUGUGUGGCCAACCUGCGAGCACAGAACUACGGAAUCGAACCGACGACGGUCUACAAUGCUCGAUUCGUGUCGGGGAAAAUAGUCCCGGCAAUGGCGACAACCACUUCUCUGGUGGUGGGAUUGGUGUGCCUGGAGUUGUACAAGAUUGUGCAGAACAUGACUGACUUGGAGUCCUACUCGAGCAUAUUCGUGGACACGACUGUCAACCAGUUGCUCAAGUGCACUCCAAUCAAGUGUCCUGUCUCCAAGGUUGCCUUCUUUGUUCAUUCUUAG